CUUCUCAGCGUCAGGUGGGCCGAGUGGCCCGGGUGUGCUCGCGCUUCGGCGUGGCGGUGGCCGCAGGACCCGGACAUCUUGGGAGGGGACGGGGACUCGUCUUCUGCGCGUGCUGGGCCCGUGUUUACCUCCCUUUGCACGUGGGCCGCCUUCCUGCCGGCGCUUCUGGUUGUGCGACUGUCUCCUCCGCUUGUAUCUCGGGGUGACCCGCAGCGUGCCGUUUACUAGUGCUGGCCAGGAUGUGGGCCGAAGCUGCAUCCUUGUCUCCAUCGCAGGCAAGAACGUCAUGCUAGACUGUGGGAUGCACAUGGGCUAUAACGAUGAUAGACGUUUCCCUGACUUCUCUUAUAUUACACGCAAUGGCCGGCUGACUGACUUCCUGGACUGCGUCAUCAUCAGCCACUUCCACCUGGACCACUGUGGGGCCCUCCCCUACUUCAGCGAGAUGGUGGGCUAUGACGGGCCCAUCUACAUGACCCACCCCACCCAGGCCAUCUGCCCCAUCCUGCUAGAAGACUAUCGCAAGAUCGCUGUGGACAAGAAGGGUGAGGCAAACUUCUUCACUUCCCAGAUGAUCAAGGACUGCAUGAAGAAGGUGGUGGCCGUCCAUCUGCACCAGACUGUCCAGGUGGAUGACGAACUGGAGAUCAAAGCCUAUUAUGCUGGCCAUGUGCUGGGGGCCGCCAUGUUCCAGAUUAAAGUGGGCUCCGAGUCUGUGGUCUACACGGGUGACUACAACAUGACCCCAGACCGGCACUUAGGAGCUGCCUGGAUCGACAAGUGCCGCCCCAACUUGCUCAUCACAGAGUCCACAUAUGCCACCACCAUCCGUGACUCUAAGCGCUGUCGGGAGCGAGACUUCCUGAAAAAGGUCCAUGAGACAGUGGAGCGAGGUGGCAAGGUGCUGAUCCCAGUGUUUGCGCUGGGCCGGGCUCAGGAGCUGUGCAUCCUACUGGAGACAUUCUGGGAGCGCAUGAACCUCAAGGCCCCCAUCUACUUCUCCACGGGCCUAACAGAGAAAGCCAACCACUACUACAAGCUCUUCAUCACCUGGACCAACCAGAAGAUCCGGAAGACCUUUGUGCAGAGGAACAUGUUCGAAUUCAAGCACAUCAAGGCCUUUGACCGGGCCUUCACUGACAACCCAGGACCGAUGGUGGUGUUUGCCACUCCAGGAAUGUUGCAUGCUGGCCAGUCUCUGCAAAUAUUCCGGAAGUGGGCAGGGAAUGAGAAAAACAUGGUCAUCAUGCCUGGCUACUGUGUGCAGGGAACUGUGGGCCACAAGAUCCUCAGUGGACAGCGCAAGCUGGAGAUGGAGGGCCGACAGCUGGAGGUGAAGAUGCAGGUGGAGUACAUGUCCUUCAGCGCCCAUGCCGAUGCCAAGGGCAUCAUGCAGCUGGUACGCCAGGCGGAGCCAGAGGCUGUGCUGCUAGUGCACGGGGAAGCCAAGAAGAUGGAGUUCCUGAAGCAGAAGAUUGAACAGGAGUUCCGGGUCAGCUGCUACAUGCCUGCCAACGGUGAGACUGUCACGCUGCCCACAAGCCCCAGCAUUCCUGUGGGCAUCUCACUGGGACUGCUGAAGCGGGAGAUGGUGCAGGGGCUGCUGCCCAACACCAAGAAGCCACGGCUCCUGCAUGGUACUCUGAUCAUGAAGGACAACAACUUCCGGCUCGUGUCCUCGGAGCAGGCACUCAAGGAGCUGGGCCUGGCUGAGCACCAGCUGCGCUUCACUUGUCGUGUGCACCUGCACGACCCCCGCAAGGAGCAGGAGAUGGCACUGAGGGUCUAUAGUCACCUCAAGAGCAUCCUCAAGGAUCACUGUGUGCAGCACCUGCCUGAUGGCUCAGUGACUGUGGAGUCGAUCCUUGUGCAAGCUGCUGCCCACUCAGAGGACCCCAACACCAAGGUGCUGUUGGUGUCCUGGACAUACCAGGAUGAAGAACUGGGGAGCUACCUCACCUCAUUGCUCAAGAAGGGGCUGCCCCAGGCCCCCAGCUGACCGGGGCCACUGGCUCCCACCAAGUCAUAAGUGAGAGCCCUGGAUGGCCCCACCCUCAUGUUUGGGGGGUGAGACCAUUAUUGUUGCUGUUCUUUGCUUGAAGAAACAAGUGAGUUAGGGCUUCUUGACCUUUAUUUUCUACUUCUGUACCUCUAGGAAAUACAUAGGGCAGAAAUUU